GCUCAAAAUUUUUGUAGAUUUAAAAUUAUUUUUACCGUUAUUUUAGUAAUUAUAAUUCAAAGAUCCAGUCAGAUCCAGUAGACAUACAAAUGGACAAAGUGAGGAUAAAAGCAGCUUUACAGCAUGAUAAUGAUGCAUAGAAAAUAAACAAUUCGUUAAGUCAGUCAUUAAUCAGUAAUUUCACACAGAAAUUUUAUUUCCUCCUUUAAAAUGAGUUAUGUUAAGUAUCUAUUCGUGUUAAUUAUAUUUGCAUUCAUUAUUUCAUCGGGCAUUCAUAUAUUCUCCAAGGGAUUUUUAUUGACACGAGACUCAAGAACCGAGAAAAGACAGUGUGAUAAGUUUUACGUUAAAUUAGAUGAGAAUUACUGCAUAAGCGAUAGCGAUAAUAAGAAAGCAUGUAGCAAUCAAAAUGUCUUUGAAAUCGUUAGCAAUAUCAGUUCUAGUGCUGAAAAUUUAUGUUUUGAGAAGAAAAGUAAGGUCAUCAUUGUACUGAUUGAUGCUUUAAAGUUUGAGUUUGGUGUCUUCAAUGAAAAACUUAAUGAUCCACUUCCUUAUCAAAAUAAACUGCCAAUUAUACAUGAGCUGCUCAAAAAACAUCCAGACAACAGUAGAUUUAUGAAAUUUAUAGCUGAUCCACCGACAACGACCUUACAAAGACUGAAAGGAAUCACAACUGGAAGUUUACCGACAUUUAUAGACAUGGGAUCUAAUUUUGCGACUCCAGAGAUCAAUGAGGACAAUAUAAUUGAUCAAAUGGUUGCAAACAAUCUUACAGUUGUCUUUGCUGGCGAUAAUACAUGGACAGAGCUAUUUCCAAAGAGAUUUAAGAGAUCAUACGCUUAUCCUAGCUUUAACAUACAUGAUUUAGAUAGUGUAGAUAAUGCAAUUAUGAAAAUUUUACCAACAGAACUAAAGAAACCAGACUGGGACGUGAUUAUAACUCAUUUUCUAGGCGUUGACCAUUGUGGACAUAAACAUGGAGCAUUACAUCAUGAAAUGAGCAGGAAGUUGACGGAAAUGAAUGAUAUGAUAAAAAUGCUGGCUGAAAGUAUCGACGAAGACACGACAUUGUUCGUUUUUGGAGAUCACGGAAUGACAUUGCCUUCUGGUGAUCAUGGAGGAGCUACUUCCGAUGAAACUGACGCACUUUUAUUUGCUUAUUCUAAGAAGAAGUUUGUAGAUGGACAUUUAGGACAUGACGAUGAUUUUAUGCAGCAGAUUGACUUAACACCAACUUUAUCGACAAUUUUAGGAAUUCCAAUUCCGUUUUCAAACCUUGGAACUAUUAAUUUUAAGCUUCUACCUGAUGUAAGUUACAAGGGAAUCAAAAGACACGAAUUAUUGUCUAUGCAUCUAUGGCACAAUGCUAAGCAAAUUAAGAAUUACUUUUCAACAUACUCGGACGAGCACAAAGAUAUAUUUGCACAUGAAGAUUUAGACAGGAUCAACACAAAAUUUGAGAUUUUUGAGUUAAGAAUCAGCACAAUUUUUAAUGAGGAAGCAUUUAAGAGCGUAUCAAAAGACUUAAGAUUGACACUGGAUUCAAUGUUGGAACUUUGUAGAAAUAUUUGGAUAAAUUUCAAUCCACAGCUGAUGGUUCAAGGCAUGCUGCUUUCCUUCCUUGGAAUCUUCGUACUUUUCAUCAUCAUCUACAAUAUUCCAGUUUCUGAAUUCUCAAAUAUAUUCACAAAGAAGCUCCUUGUCUAUCAAGCAUGGGCCAGUGUCAUUGCUGUUAAUAUUGGAUAUGUCAUGCACGAGAACUUUGGAUGGGAUAAUAAAAUAAUUGCGGCUUUAUUCCUCGGAAGUAUCUGUCAUGUUCUAUUCUUUGGAUACAUCAUCAUCAAAAAUUGGACAACAAUAGUGGAAUCGAUGAUGUCAGCAGAUAAAUUUAUCAACUUGAUGUCCCGAAUGAGUUUUGCAUUUUCCAUCGCUGUAUUCUUUUCAAAUAGUUUCAUUGUUCAGGAACAAUACAUUCUGUGCUUCUUACUCAUCGUUCAAAUCAUCCAUGCCUUACAUGAGUAUCGAAAAGCAGCAAGCUUUGUGGAUAUGAAGAAGCUUAAAAUAACUGGACUUUUCCAAACAACGUCAUCAAAAGUUGUUAUUGUUGCUAUUAUCACAAUUGGAUUGUUAAGAAUGUCCCAAAUGUUCUUUAAAUGCCGUGAAGAGCAAGGAAAUUGUUGGGACUUUUUAGCAAACACAGAAAAUGUCGCUAAAGUCAAGGAUGGUAAUAUGAAAGUCUUUCCUGUAAUUAUUUUAGCAAUUUUCGUGACUAUUGUUCGAGCAUUCCUUAAAGCUAAUGGAAACCUAACUGGAUAUUCACCACAUGUAAUUUUAAUGAAAUUUGGUCCAACGGUGUCAGUUGUUGCUGCUUGUGGCUAUUUAGUUCUAUCACAAAAGCAAAUGACACGUCCAAUUGCAUCCUUUGUGCAUUUAGAUACAUUAGCAUGGAUUGUCUAUGGCAUGUUUAUUAUAGAAUUAAUUAUUUUUGUCAUAAGUCCAUUGCUAGUUUACAUCCUUCCACGUAGAGAUGGUAGUUUUAGCCUGUCAGAUGCCAGUAAUGCAAUACCGGAACUUUAUAGACAUAUGAAGCAAGUCAUCAAUGAUCAAACCGCAAAUAAGUCACAAACGCCUGUUGUUUAUGGACUUGCCACAGUCUAUUCAUCGGUAUUUUUAGCAUUCGGGACUGUUUUGAGUAUUGUUCUUGCCCUUCUGUUAGGAAUUGAUGUCUGCAAUGGAUUUGUAAUCAUUUUAUUUGUUGGAUCUGGAAUUCUAUUCAUAUUCUCAAUUCUACGUUAUGAAAGUUCAUCAAGCAUAGAGGAAUGCUUUCAUCCAAGCUUCUCGCUGAUUGUGACUUGGUACUUGCUGUACUCUUAUGGAUUUUAUAGUACAUCACAUCAACCGACCAUUUCUCAAAUUGACUGGAAUGCUGCAUUUGUUGGACGAACGGCUAAUUUUGAUCAUUCAAAUAUUUUAUCAGCAAUUCUAGUUCUACUCAGUACAUUCAACUCAAAUGUUGUGUUAUUGAUCCUGUAUCCAUUGUUGGUUAUAGGACCAUUCAUGAUUUAUGCACUGUGGCCGAACAUGCCAAUCAAGAGUGACAAGAAGGCUAAAGAAGACACGGCAUUGAAUUAUAGGAAAAUCUCAUUGAACGACGAUUCCGAAAGCAACAAAGACAUGAAAAGUGUGUCGCGCGGUGAAAUUAAUUUGCAUGAAAAUGAAAACAUCUUCAUGACAUCAGUUUUCAAGGUUGGCUGUCAAUUUUUGCUACUUCAAGGCACAAAAGUAUUUGCAUCGAUGAUUGCAUGCACAAUUUUAUGCAGACAUUUAAUGGUGUGGAAAAUAUUUGCUCCUCGAUUCAUUUAUGAAGGCAUUGCUACAUACAUCUCAUUUGUAGCUAUUGUUUUGGGCUUUGUUCUUGUUAUGAGAAUUAAUAGAUCCGUAAAAUCAUUAAUUAAUAAAUUGAUUUUGUAAGACAAAUGUUUUUUAUGGACAUGAAGUUUGAAGUUUUUAUAGGAAAUCUAGUCAAAUUUAAUAAUUGAGGAUAAAUUUCAAUGAAAUAAAAUGUUGGAUGAAUUAGUAAUG